AGCAAAACCCUAAAUUCACAAAUCAUUUGUGAGAUUUUCUGAACUAGUGUUUGUAUUUUUUUUCUUUGUAAUUGUAGAAUUUUUGGAAAAAUUCUGUGUUAAUUUCAAAGUUUUCUGUGUUCUUAACAAUGGUGCAGAUUUGAGCUUACAGUACUGCGAUUUUCUCGGGGAAGAAGCUAAACUGUUCCAAAUUUUCAAUUCCAUUUCUGGGUCUUCAUUUUUCUACAAAUUCAUACCCAAAAAAUAGUGUUUUUUGAAGUUGACUCGUGAUUUUAAAAUUUUCUUCACCUAAAUCUGUUUUUUGAAGUUAAUUUUUACCCCUUUUGAAAAAUUUCAUAUUUUUGGGCUGAUUUAGUUGUGAAAACGUUUGAAUCUUCAAUGGGUAGGGUUUAAGAAAAAUUAAAAGGUUUUGGGGUGUUUAAGUUUUCUUUGAUUUGCAUAAAAAUGGAGGAAAGAGAGAAUUUUGGUGGUGGGAAUGCAGUGGUGGGUGGUGAGGUCCCAGUGAGCUUCCACGUGGCACCAAGGAUUGAAAACAACUUGGAUUUUUCCAUGGCAACGGUUCCGGCAUCGUCGCCGGCGAUGAAGAAGAAGAGGGGUAGACCAAGGAAGUAUGGACCGGAUGGCAAGGCUGUUCCGGGGGCUGUGACGGCGCUUUCACCGAUGCCGAUUUCAUCGUCGAUUCCGUUGACCGGUGAAUUCUCUGGUUGGAAAAGGGGUAGAGGGAGACCUGUUGAAUCUAUCAAGAAGUCAUCAUUGUUUAAGUAUGAUUUUGAAAGUCCAAUAGGACCAGGUAUAGGUGAAGGAAUUGGUUACUCUGUAGGUGCAAAUUUCACGGCUUAUGUGCUAACAGUGAAUUCUGGCGAGGAUGUUACUAUGAAAAUCAUGUCAUCCCAACAAGGAUCGCGUGCUAUAUGCAUUCUCUCUGCAACUGGCACAAUUUCAAAUGUUACACUUCGUCAACCGUCUUCUUCAGGGGGUACUUUAACAUAUGAGGGACGAUUUGAGAUUCUUUCCUUGUCUGGGUCCUUUAUGCCAACCGAUAAUGGAAUUACAAGAAGCAGAUCUGGUGGGAUGAGUGUCUCUUUGGCAGGUCCAGAUGGUCGAGUAUUGGGUGGUGGACUUGCUGGUCUGCUUAUAGCCUCUGGUCCUGUGCAGGUUGUUGUGGGGAGUUUUCUUCCUGGUCACCAUCUGGAACACAAGAACAAGAAGCAAAGGGUGGAGCAUAAUAUAUCAACUACAAUCACUCAUAACCCUACUACAAUCACUCAUAACCCUACUAUAAUCACUCAUAACCCUACUACACAUGUUAAUCAUCAUAUGCCAAAUGAGGAAAUAAAAUUAAGUUUUGGUGGAGUGAAGCCUAUUAUGACACCUGUUGCCUUUCAUGGAGAGAAUAUCGUUUCUUUCAACAACAACAAUGUUCAAGACUCUAGAAACUCAUCUGCUGAUGACAGAGAUCCUUUACCUGAAAAGGAAUCUAACCAAAGCCAAUCAACUGCUUGAUGAUGCAACAUAUUCACUGUGAAUUAUUUGGUGUUCUGCAGAAUCAACCUCAUUUAGGCACACUCAUGCUGUCAAAAUUUAACUUACCAAGGAGAGAGAGUGUCAAAAGUUGCAAUCUUUAGUGGUAGGUGUUAGUUGGGAAAUGUGUUUGUUAGUUAUCCAUGUGGUUGUUUUUUCCUCUGAUGUAUCUCUAGUGUUGUUUACUGAUUAUUGUAGUAAUUAGAUGAUGUAGGAUACAUGUUGUGCUAUUAUUUUUGUCCUUGUUUACAUUUUAUAUAUGGAUAUGUUAUAAUUAUUAAGUGUGAGUGGAUGUGAUGUGAACUGGAACUUCAAAAAAUUUAUUCUGUUGUGAAAGAAGAAUUUGCAUAUCA